AUGGACGACGGUGACACGAGGACUUCCAACAUCUUGGCCUGUGAUAUCACGGAAGCACUAUCUGACGGAUUGGGAAAAGUUGAGUUGCGGUUUAGGGGAGUGUCAAGUUUUCGAUAUUAA